UCUCUCUCUCACUCUGUGUUUCUCUAUCGCUCUCUCUUCCCUCUUGCUCUGUCACACCGCUCUCGCUCCUUGUUGAAAUCGGGUGGACAGAGGCGACCACGGCAACGAGGAAGGGAGUCCCGAGUACCGGACUUCCUCAUGGACAACAGGACGGGCUCCGUCCCUGCCAAAUCCUUCGUUUGUAGCGAUGAGAGGGCAGAGAGCCCGUUCCCACUGAGGCAGACAGAGGACAACAAGUAGGCUGACAUCAGCAGAGUGGUCCCUCAGCCAGGUUCCUUGUUUGUUCCAUCUCUGUGCUUUUGAGCUUUUGGAUCUUGGAGCCGGUAGAGUGUGUUGUUGCCUGCAAUAGCAUGCUUGUCCAGGGGUGAGGUGGAGGUGGGGCAUUUUGCUGGGCCCAGGUAACCAUUGAGGGGGCCUAGUCUGCCCCGGAGCUUCAUGUGGGCCCCAGACCCACAGGCCUGGCUGAGGGAUGAUGCCGUUCCCACUGCUCUAGCUGUGCUCUGGGCAGCCAUGGCACUGGAGGGCCGCUGUGGCGAGCGGGGAGCCACCCCGGCCCGGAGGGGACGGCGACGGCGACAGGCCCCAGUACCGAGGACACGCCUGCACGGCCUGCGGCAUGUGUGCGCAAGAGGCUCCUCCAUCGGGCGCCGCACCUUUUGGAUCCUGGCUCUAUGCACUUCCCUGGGCCUGCUCCUCUCCUGGUCCUCCAACCGUCUCCUUCACUGGCUCUCCUUCCCCACCUACACCAAGGUGCACACAGAGUGGGCCAAGGAACUACCCUUUCCCACUGUCACCAUCUGCAACAAUAACCCAGUUCGCUUCUACAAGCUCACCAAGAGCGACCUGUACUUCGCUGGACACUGGCUGGGGCUGCUGCUAGCCAACCGGACUGCACGGCCCCUUGUCCUGGACCUGCUGCAGGAGGAUCGCCGGGCUUGGUUCCACAAGCUCUCUGACUUCCGCCUCUUCUUGCCCCCACGCCACUUUGAGGGCACCAACCUGGAGUUUAUGGACAGGCUGAGCCACCAAUUGGACGACAUGCUGCUCUCAUGCAAGUAUCGCGGGGAGAUGUGUGGACCACAGAACUUCUCCACAGUGUUCACCAGGUACGGGAAGUGCUACAUGUUCAACGCUGCGGAGGAAGGGAAGACCCUGCGGACCACUAUGAAGGGGGGCACAGGCAAUGGCCUGGAGAUCAUGCUGGACAUACAGCAGGAUGAGUACCUGCCUGUCUGGGGAGAAACAGAGGAGACCGCCUUCGAAGCUGGGGUUCGGGUGCAGGUCCACAGCCAGGCCGAGCCGCCGUUCGUUCACGAGCUUGGCUUCGGCGUCGCCCCCGGCUUCCAAACCUUCGUCGCCACCCAGGAGCAAAGGCUUACCUACCUCCCACCACCAUGGGGUGAGUGCCAACUGAGGGCCCAGGAGUCCAGCUUCUUCCAGGUAUACAGCGUCACGGCGUGCCGCAUCGAUUGCGAGACGCGCUACAUCGUGGAGAACUGCAACUGUAGGAUGGUGCACAUGCCAGGUGACUCUCCGUUCUGCACUCCUGAGCAAUACAAGGAGUGCGCCGAGCCGGCACUGGCAACGCUUGCAGAGAAGGAGAACAGCGACUGUAUGUGCCGGACCCCAUGCAACUUGACUCGCUACAACAAGGAACUUUCCAUGGUCAAGAUCCCCAGCAAGACCUCCGCCAGGUACCUGGAGAGGAAGUUCAACAAGUCGGAGAAAUACAUCGCGGACAACAUCCUAGUGUUGGACGUCUUCUUUGAAGCGCUGAACUACGAGACCAUUGAGCAGAAGAAAGCGUACGAGGUUGCCAGUUUGCUUGGUGACAUCGGGGGUCAGAUGGGACUCUUCAUUGGUGCCAGCAUCCUCACCAUACUGGAACUUUUUGACUACGCCUAUGAGGUGAUGAAGGACAGAUUGCUAGACUUGCUGAGCCGUGAGGAUGAGGAGGAGAGCCGCGGUGAGGAUGUGAGCACCUGCGACCCAGUGGCAAACCACUCCGAAGCCAUCAGCCACACAGUGAGCGUGCCUCUGCAGACCACUCUGGGCACGCUGGAGGAGAUUGCCUGUUAACAUUAAAUCGCAGCAAGUCGCCACCAUCCCCCCUGACCCCCGAACCUCCCCCCGUCACCCAGCAACCGGGAUGGACAGCUAAUAACCACGGGGGAGGAACAGAGGGUAGCUCGCCUUGCUCCAGUCAAAUGGGAUGGCAUCCUCAGACUGGAAAUCGGGUGCACUAGAGACCGGAAGGCAAAUUUGACAAAGAGCGUUUCCACAAGUGGCGACCGAGAGGCAUGUCACCUUGACUUAACUAUUCCCUAUGCGACAGAGCAAAGUGAACAUCGCUCUUUUCUCUGUCCCCGCCCUCCUCCGUUGGCCUGCCAUGGAAAUGUCUCUGGUGUCAAGGACAAGUCCCGAACCGGAUCAGAAGACACACAAAUGAUCUGUACAAAAGUUUUGCCUAUACAAGCAACUGUGCGUCACUUACAGUCUACUGCCAAAUGUAAAUUGUACAACUGUCCUACAUGCAUGUCCCUUGUUUGGAUACAGUCAUUUUUACUAAUGCCAGGACUGCUGUAUUGCUUAUUUGCGCUGUAUCUCUCUCUGGGAGGCUGUAGAUGGGGGAGUGAGGUAUAAGCGAGGAAAGGAAGCCAUCCUGCCAAGCAAGUGGGUGGUGCUGGUCGGAGGGCUCGCCGUCUGUCAGUAUCCCGUCAUGAACAGCCUUCUGUGUUAAUUAAAUGGUGUGUGCCGUGAGCUUAGCGUGUUGUCCCAGCUGCACUCAUUUUCACUUUUCGGGCAAUCGGUGAUCAGCUGAACCUUUUUCAUUGGAAUAUUUGAGUCAGACGAAGGUUAUUUGGUAACGUACUGCGUGCGGCGGAGCGACAGGUAAACAGUACCGAGUGAAGGCAUGGGGAUGUGGCAGAAGUUGCGUAGGACAGAUGGCUGUUGUGACUCACGUGGGCGAGGGGAUGAUGGGGGGGUGCGCACCAUCUUGUUUUCUAGUUUCUCCUAAUGAUGCCGUUUCCCCCUCCUUCUGAUUGAAAAGAUCUCCAACUAUCACAUGCCAUAUAAAUGUCAAUGGAGUUUUUUUUUACAAAAGUACAAGCACCCACCUACAAAUAUCAAAUUCCAGUGGCCAACAUGCAGGUGUGGGUACAACACAAUGAAUUGCUCAAGCAACUUUCAGCAACACCCAAUUCAAGCGAUAGCAGUAACCCAGGACUAAAAAUACGUAUUAUGUUCUAAUCCUUUUCUCUUUUCUUCCUCCUAUUCCCUGUAAUUACCAUAAAUUUAAAAAAGAACAUUUAAUUUAAUUGAACUGUAUGUGUAACAAUUACCUUCAGUUUAUAUAUCACAUCCCUUUUUCCUGUAUGAAAUGAAAUUGCUCUUGUUUUCAUCUAUUUACAUAAAGUACAUUGCAUUGGAUUGUCCGUUAUUUUGAUGUACAUUCCAACAAGGAGUGCUUGGAAACACAAAGUUUAGUCACCACCCAAAAAGUUCAAUACACUGUGUGGCAUACACUGCUGAAAUUUGACAGAUCAGGGCUGAGCAGUGAACUUGGCUGUGGUCAAAUUUGUUUUAGUCUUCAAUAUCCAGACUCUUUGUUAUGUCAAGCCCUUUGGAAAUGUACCUCAUAAGUGAUCAUAGGCACUGGCAUAAAAUUACAACUCUUCUCAAAAAGUUGUGUUCACAAAAAAAAAGCACUGAACAAAAAUCUCGUUCUGUUGGAUUUUAAUCUUGAUUUUAAUAUAGUAACAUAUUUGUUCUCUCUUUGAUUGGGCCUUGUAUCUCUGCUCCAUUAACCACACCAAAACAAUGCAAUACUCCAAAUAUUUAGUGAUGAUAAUGAUAACGUACAGCCCCAUAUAAUGGCAACAUCGAGAGGCUACGCUGAACAUAAAAUGAAUUAUUUCUAUUUUGUCUUGGGUGUCCUCACUUAGUUCAUUAAAACCUAAUAUCAGACUCAUCCUAAUAAGAACAUGACAACAUGUGUAAUAAAUUGCUUUGCAGCUCAUAACAUGGGCACAGUUGCAAACUUAGCCAAAUUUUCUAACUCUGCAAUUAGCUAGUCUUUGGGGUCUCGACACUUUUUUUUAAUUCACUUCAUUUUUUUAUUCUCUCCUUAUUCAGAUCAGCAAGUAUUGACAGCACAAAGUCUCCAUUGGUCCAACAAGUCUUAAGCACACAAGUGUUUUUUUUUACAAGUAAGAACCUCAUAAGGGAAAUUUCCUGGUUUAGCUAAUUUUGCACGUGCUAGCAGCGCAAAUCUGGUUUUCAGUGAAAUUUGGCAAUUUUCAAAGGAUCUUUUUCCCCACUGUUGGCAUUAUCAUGUUACAGAUCAAAGAGUUCAGGCUGUGACCCCUCACCUCACUGCCGGCAGUUCUUUCGCAGGGUGAGCUAUCCUGUCCUAGACAAAUACGUCACCCUGUCGUCGCGCUGUCAUUGACUUUC